UGUAAUUGAUAGUAUUUUGCAUCUUGAUUUGACAUGGCACUUCAAACAUGACUGAAUAAGGAGGAGUCUGAUAAAGGGGCUGGGUUGAUUUCAUCUGUCAAAAAUACCCUCACAACGCCACACAUUCUCCAGAAGGUACCCUUCCAGGUUAGGAACAGAGAGCUCUAUCAUGGUGGCUGAGAAUACUGACCCCACACCUAUACUAUUUCCUGAGGCAGACAUUAAUAACCACAGUGGCUCUCUGAGCAUCGACGACGCUCGGUGGCGAAGGCUGGAGGAGAGGCAGACGCUUCUGUGGAGGCUGCUGCUUGGGGCCCUGUGUGGACUACUGCUGCAGGCCUGCUGGGUCUGUCGCCUCACAAACCUGACAGGCUCCAGCCUCAGCCAUGGAGACAACAGCUCAGCAGAAAAUAAAACCUCCAGUGAGAUUCCAGAGACCAAAGAUCUAGAGAGAAAGCCAGCUGCUCUACUAAAUGGUUACCGCGCUUCAGAGGGGAAAGACAAUGUUCUCCUGUGGACAGUUGUGGGGGAUGGAUUCCUCCAUAAGAUGGACUACAAGGACGGGCUCCUGACCAUAAGGGAAGAGGGCUACUACUUCCUGUACUCCAAGGUCGCCUUCUCUGAGUCCCACUGUAUACUAGUCAAGCACACAAUCAUGAGGAUCUCAGAGAGAUAUGGGGAGACACCCAUGGAACUGAUGCAGUCAGUGAGGUUUUACUGUCCAAAGCCUCUGAAGGGGGACAGACAAGACAAACAGGAGGGGCAAUAUGCGACCAGCAGCUACCUGGGAGGGGCCUUCCACCUUUUUACAAACGACUCAGUGUUCGUGAAGCUGGAGCGUGGGCAGAUAAGAACUGGACAGAAGGAGAACUUCUUCGGGGCUUUCUUGUUGUAGAACUCAGCUGGGGGUCAGUUACCUGGUUACCCAGCUGCUUAGUUAUCACCUUGGUAACACAAACAGUAACUAACUCUGGAACAGUGCUGGGAGCGUUCUGGCGGCACUUGAUUGGCUGUGUGGGCUGUUUGGAGACAAAAUGGGGGGUUAACAA